AAUUCCCAUGUUCGGGCAGCGAGGAGGAAAUCAUCUCCGCGAAUAAGUGCCGGUACCCUAAACGCAUCGAGACGUUAUCGGGCCGCGAACCCUCGCGAUUCGUAUAGCCCGCGCUCCGUCACAGUUCACGUUUUCGAUCCUCCCAAGAGAGGGGUUACUGACGUCAUCGAAUAAGCGCUACGGAACUGCCGUCAAACCAUUCUCGAAAGUUCCGGAAGCCACCAGAAGGAAAGUUUGUAUAUAUGGACGGCGCAGCUUACGCGACACUUUAGUACGUGACGAGAGGUGUUAAAUGUUGUUUCGGCUGAUCUGUCAGAAGCAAGCAUCUCUUUGAUCGCAGCAACGUUUUUCGCGAACGGCCCAGUGAAUUCAGUGCCAAUUGGAUUUUCUGGUAUUUCGAACGAUCGCACGAACAACAACAGGGGAAUAUACGGGUCGCGCAAUGCAGCCUUAAAAGCGAUUGCCUCGUUGUAAGGUGCGAGCGCAGGCGGAGGGGAAAAGGAUCUCAAGUUCGGGGAACCGAUCGCUUUUAGAAAUUUCGUGUGUCUUAGAUUAUUAAUCGAUGGGGAAGGAUUACUAUAAUAUAUUAGGCAUAAACAAAGGUGCCACAGACGAUGAGAUCAAGAAGGCUUACAGGAAGCUAGCACUGAAGUACCAUCCUGACAAGAACAGAAGUGCAGAUGCGGAAGAGAAGUUUAAGGAAAUAGCGGAGGCUUAUGAGGUGUUAUCCGAUGCAAAGAAGAGGGAAGUCUAUGAUAAAUUCGGUGAAGAAGGAUUGAAGGGAGGAGCUGGGUCGGCCGGAGGAGCUGGAGGUGGAACAACGUACACUUACCAUGGAGAUCCUAAAGCAACGUUUGCUCAAUUCUUUGGCUCUACGAAUCCCUUCCAAACCUUCUUCGAAUUUAGUGAUCCAUUAGGAAAUAGGGUAUUCAAUUUCAACGAUGAUGACAUGGAUCUGAGUGACCCGCUUGGUCUGGGGAUUGGACCACAACGUGCACGCGGACGCGGACCUGGCCAGAGUGGAGCCUUCAGGUCGCAUUCGUUCAACUUUGUGGAGCCAACAGGCAGGGGAGGAGCUAAGGACCGUGUUCAAGAUCCAGCUAUAGAACACGACUUGUGUAUCAGCUUGGAGGAAAUUCUGACUGGCUGUACGAAGAAGAUGAAGAUCUCCAGGAGGGUUAUGCAACCUAACGGAUCCAUCAAGAGGGAAGACAAAGUUCUAACGAUCAACGUAAAACCAGGAUGGAAGGCUGGCACCAAAAUCACUUUCCAGAAAGAAGGAGACCAAGGCUGUGGGAAAGUCCCAGCGGACAUCGUUUUCAUCAUCAGGGAUAAGCCACACUCAUUGUUCAGAAGAGAGGGCAGCGACCUAAGAUACACUUGCAAAUUGAGUUUAAAACAAGCGUUAUGCGGCACUAUCAUCGAAGUUCCUACGCUUACCGGCGAGAAGAUCACCGUCAAUCUGACGAGCAAAAUUGUUAAACCAAAUUUGAUUCAGAGGAUUCAAGGUCACGGCCUACCAUUCCCGAAGGAACCAUCAAGGAAAGGCGAUCUUCUGGUAUCGUUCGAUAUAAAGUUCCCUGACACGUUAUCACAAAGUGCUAAGGACAUAUUGUACGACACCCUGCCAAAUUGAAUGCGUAAAUUGGAGAAAAGAAAAUAUAUAAAUAAUUGUCAUCACAACGACAGUCCUCUAAUCGUCCCGAUUGACGAGAGUAAACACGCGUGUUUGUACCAAUACGCGUAACGCGUGGUUAGAGAGAGCUGUGAAAGAUAUUUGUCGAGGCAAGGUAAAUAAUAAUUUUAUCAUAUGGCUAGGGAAGAGAAUGUAAUCUUCGCGUUCGCCAAAUGUAAACCGGAAAAAAAACAAAAAUCAGUUUUCUUGAUUUGGAUUUAUGCAGACUUGUUUUCGUUAGAAUUUCAAACGGAAAAGAGAAAAAAACACGUGUAAACGAGGGAUAAUUAGCUUUCUCCGUACGAUGGAAUGUACUUAGCCUCCUCAUGUGGAAAGAAAGAUCCUAAAUACUGACUAAGAUUAAAUAUAUUACAUUAAGUUAUAUGCGAUUUAAUGGUGAGCGUUUGUUGCAGUGCAACUCUGUAUGAAUGAAAUUCAAAUUCGUUCAUCAUGUACAUUCAGAGUAUGUAGUCUGUAUAUGUGUUGGAGAGAAUGGAUACUUGUGCGAAUGAUAUGUAUUAUGUUAAAUAGCAUAAAUGUAUGCAAAUGCCUGUCAUGUGUGAGUGAUAAUCACUGCAGAAAUAUGACAAAUUGAA